AACAGUGUUGCAAACAUCUACUUUAAGUCACAUGAUCCGUUCUGCUAGGGUAUAAAAAUCACUGCGUUGGCCACCGGCUAAAAAAUAAAAUGCCGCCUGUGGCGCCCUCAUCGACAGCGACGUCAGCGUCAGCGUCGGCGUCGUCGUCUGUUUGUCUCGGUUUCUGUUUUGUGUCUUGCGGUGCCUGUAGGCAUGCAAGUGUGUUUUGGUGCAUUUUGUUUGCUGCCCGGGCAGCGUCUUGCGUUUGUGCUUGUGUUACACAUAUGCUGGCUGUCUGCAUGUGACGGCGGCAGAGGCGUCGGAUGAUCAUUACUCUGCCGGCGGCUCUGUUUUUAUUUCUUUUUCAUUUCUUUGGCUUUUCUUUCCAUCGCUGCCUCGGACGUCAUUCCGUGUGGUCGUUCUCCAAGUGCCUUUGCCCAAACAACAUGAGGAGGAGCCACUGUACAAGCUGGAUGGGGAUUCUGGCGCUGUUCGGCCUCCUGCCGUACUCCAAGCAGCAUUGCUAUAGCAUGAAGCUGGUGAGUGUCCGGACGUGGGAUACACCCAAUUAUGGCCUGAAGAUCAACAUGUUCGAGAGGAACAACUCGAUGGCGUCGGUGACGACAGUGCGCCAGGAUGUGGCCAUUCCGUUGUGGCAUCUGGUGCUCCUGCAGCAGCCCCGCAAACGGAACGGGGGCGGUUCGCCGUCGCGUACCGAACUGCCGCGUACCCUGUACAAUUCGACGACAAAGACAUGCGACUUCUGGAAGUACAUGCGACAUGUGUCCGCCUGGAAUAAUGUGGCCAAGCUGAUGCUCUCGAAGGGGGCCAGCAACAUGAGUCUCGCCUGUCCGCUGAAGGCCGGCGUCUACAUGAUGAACCGGAUCCAGGUGCCCCCCGAUACGGCCCUACUGAAGUUUAUGUAUCAUCCGAAUACCCUCUACACGCUCGAGGGCACCGUCUAUGGCCAGAGCCCCAAGGAUGGUGCGACGAGGCGGUUUCUCUGCAAGUAUGAGGUCAAUGCAACCAUUUUCAAGUCCUGCUAAAGGGACCCAGCACUUUGCUCCUCCUUUGCUCCUUUGCUCUGUUUUUUUUCUAGUUGUAACAAAUAAAAGUGCCCAUUUUUCCAC